GCCGUCUGCCGUGCGCCAGAAUAUGUUGUGCUCAUGCUCUUCGGCCACAUUCAGACCGACAGACCGACCCGAAAAGGCGUUAUGGUCGCUCUCUGCCCAUUUCGAACACAAUUCAACUCGAUCACACGACGCGAAAACUGAUCGAAUGUAGUUCUGUGCCGCCACCGCACCGACCCGAUCUCAGUCCUAUCGAGCUUGAGAUGUAGGGAUUCCAGUCGCCCGUUCUUAAUAUGGAAUUCCACUAGACCCUACGGGUGUACAAUGAAUGAACUUAGUGUCUGUUCGAAUGUUUGGUUUAUUUUCUUUGGUUUUACAGUAUUAUUGGCGCCGUGCCUGUGCGUGAGCGUCCACUUCGAGAACAAGGAUGGCGGCUUCUUCAUCAAGCAGUCGCCGGUGAGGCAGCACUACGGUGGACCUCUUGCCCCCGCUACUACUGCGCCGUCCUCAACGGACGCCACUGGAUCGGGGGUGGCCGCCGCCACUGCCGGGGUGCCGCUCUCUACCGACAAGUUUGUCGUCUUCCAGAGCUCGCAACCGAUUUCGGUUCGUGCUAGCUAUGGACCAUUUUCUACCAAACAGACGGUUCCAGCAAGAUAUGUGGUGCCAGAUCCGUUACCAAUGAAUACCUCAGGUCCGACGAUCGAUCUCCACGACCACUCGGCGCACCACCUGGACAUCUCUGCCCACAUCGUCCGCAGCGAAGUCCCACGGGACUCCCCGGUGCUGAGGGUACUCUUCCAUGCUGGCACCGACCCGGGCGGCAGGAGGCAGGUACUGCUCGCCAGGCACCACCAGAAGGUGUGCGUGGUACUCAGGGCGUCCAUGCAGGGCAAGACACCACUACAUGCCGCUUGCAGUCCCGAUGGAGAGGAUGGAGUCUGCUUGGCCGAGGUAACAGUUCCAUCCUCUUGGUGGCCACCGCUUCCAUCACCUAAUAAAGAGGGCGUAGUAGGAAAGCUGGUCAAGACACCACCUCGACUGGUCCAGAUUGCCUACUCGGUCCUAGAGCCAUGGCCAGAUGAAGGCGAAGGGUGUCAUCCGAAAGUCCAGGUCCAGCCAUCUGUGGUUCUAGGGAGUGUGCCUUUGGUACCCGCCAGAGGGACAUACAAGGAACUACGUUUAACUGAUGCUAUUGCUCUUCUGGUACCGCAUCCACCAUUAUUUCCACUCUCAAAAAUGCACCUUCCCGUUUACGUAGAUCGUCAAAAGGCUAAAAUGCUCACAGCCAUUGUCAUCAGGGCCAGAGUCAAAAGUGGAGUGAGAAUUUUGGAAGCAGUACCAUCAGGUUCACCAUCUUGGAACAUUACAGUUGAACUGAAUCCACGUCAUACCAGCGCAAUUGUGACCUUAGUGAGAAAAGAGCCCCCUGACCCUGAUACAACUGAUGCUGCAGAAUAUGGUACGGAGCUAUUCACCUGGCUGAUCGAAAUAACCGAAGACGCAAUCGAGAGCUACGACGGCAGCAAAAUCGUGUGGACGGCGAGGUUCGAACCUCACCAGGACGAUAUUGACAUUGUGGACUCGCACAAAACUGAAGGCAGGAAAUCCACCACGUGGUUCGAAAUUCAAAAGGAUGAUAUCCAAGCCGUUGUUCCUAUCAGCAAGAAUUGGGAAGUAAUGAACACAGCUGUACUGACAGGUCUGCAAGUGUCUCAAGCAAUGAAAGUAUUCAUCGUAUCUCAAGCGGGAAAAGCGGCGGACGUUACUUUUCAGGCAUCUUGUCAUUCGGAAGAUGAGAGCGUUUUAAAGGUAUCAUCAUCUUGUGGAUCAGUAUACGUGGACGGCAGCGAAGCUCGAGGUUCGAUAAAUGGUUCGGUUAUAGUGAAGUACGGCACCUACACAGGGAUUGCCAAAUUCAUCGUGUGGAUGCCCGAAUUUCCUUUGGAACUGGCUGUGGCUGAUACAAGACUAUCACAACUCAAGUCUUGGAGAGUACCUGAUUACCAUCCUAGUACGACGAAAACGCGUAAAAGGAAGAAGCGAUCUUACGGAUGGGGAAUGACAGCAGGGAACGACGAUAUGGGUAACGUUAUCGACAAGCCGGUUUGCCGUCUCAGAUACCAACAAACUUCCGUCGACGUAUACGCGCACUUUUUCGCAACCGAUCACGAAUCUGGGAGAACGACCUACCUCAUCAACAGAAGGACUAGCCUACGGAUCACCGAACUGGUACUGCCUUGGUUGAGAGUCAGUGACCCAAGAAUUGCCAGCUUGCAUGGUAGAAUUCUUCAAGGAAGGAGUAUGGGUAGAACCGAAGUACAGGUAUUAUCACCUAUUACCAGCAGAGUUUAUGGAUCAAAAGAAGUAAGAGUUGGCAACGACAAAGUAGCAUUAACAAAACUUUCAGUCGACGUAGUAUCAGGCUUGCAACUGAACAUAUCUCCUGACUCUACCGUAGAGAACGUUUACGUUGUAGAAACUGCUAUCACAAGAAAACUGACAGCCCAAUAUCAGGAGGGUCUUCUAGACAUCGAACUAGAAUUCUCAGACGGUACUAAGAUACCGCUACGUGACAUAUCUGACACUGACUACCACCUUGUGGUUGAGUCCCUGGAUCCUGAAAUUGUGGCUUUUGCUCCAAUUGUGGCAUCACAUCACCCACGAGUCAUCGCCGUUGGAGAAGGCAGUGGAGAUUUACUACAGGUGACACUGUUGUUAGCAGACGAAUGUAGAUCUCAGGGCAAACCAAAAGGCAAAAGUGCGAGUCCUUUGGCAACGGCAGCUGCUAAGAUAACGGUCGACUUUAGCGAAGGAGAGUUGCAACACAGACCGGACAUCCUGCAGAAUGAUGGUGGAAGCUUUAGUGGAGGCAAAGGCAGGGAGUUUGUUGACAUGGAAGAUAUUGCUGGAGGUUCUUUAAAAGAUGGAGUCCACUCUCAAAUUCCGAACGUCCAAGCUCGGCAGUAUCAGGGUAAAGGAGUUCCCAAAAAAGUAAAUUUGACUCAUUCAACUCCAUUGGAAAUCAGCAUGUAUGUCCUAUUAGCUGCUUUCUGUUGUGCCAUAGCGGUGUUCGUGGUGUCCUGCGUGGUAUACGCCUCGAAAUUCAAGCCAAUGGAUGCAGGCGUAGUUGCAGGUGUGCGCCCUCUACCGGAAUAUCCCAGCAACAUAACGAUGUUACACGAGAAGCCAUUCCGAAAGCCACGUGACUCUACCACCAACGCGCAUGAUUGGGUCUGGCUUGGAAGAGCAACCGUUGAUAACUCUAACAGGAACUCGGCCAACCUUAAUAAUAAUGAUGUUCGAAUAAUAACAAAUCCCCUGAACACGAACUACUGUGAACCGGACGACAGCUUAGCGACAUGCUUUAGCAAUCCGAACCAUGUAGAGUUACCAAGCAAAACCGAAGUGAAACCAAGAGGCAUCGAUUCUACCACUUAUAGCAGAAGCAAGGUGGAUAGAGAGAGGGAUAAUGGAAGUGCAUGUUUCAGGAACAAACCCAAUGCCCCUCCACCGCUGCCCCCUCACGCUACGCCACUGGUGAACUCAUCUCCUGCUCACGUUCUUGAAGAUGACGACUACCGACCUCCGAUUCCACCACAUCGUAACAUAAUAAGCACUUCGGGCAGCAACGGUAGGACUCCAACCCCCACUGAACCAGCCCCCGUACCCAUGAGAAGACACCAUGCCAAGAGCAGCAAGGAGAAAGCGAACAGCAAAAGGUUUUCUAUGGAAAUCAAAAGUCCACACUCUUCACCACCUGGCAGACCUGUAGCAACCAUGAUGGUAGACGAUGAUGUUAGUGAUGACGACGAUGAAACUGCAGGAAACAUGUUCGAAUUUGACGAUGAGCUGCAAGUUGACAACAAAAAAGAAGACAAAAUGGAGUUCAUCCAGUAUCCUAGAUCACCAAAUGCUAAUAGCAACAGAAACAGUGGAGGCGUAAAACAGGCAACUGUUGUCGAAAAUAGAAUGUUCAACGCAAACGAAAAUGCGUCCACAGAAAAGUUGCCAUCUGAUCUUGGAGACGACUUGCAGCUUGAUAUGGAUUAUGAUCAGAUCAUGCACUACUUCGAGAAUUUGAAGGAAUCAAACGCCUGAGUGGAAGAGAUCAUUGCAAAGAUUCGCGACAUUUUGAUGUCGUUCAGCGAGCAGUACCGCUUGAGCGCGCUGAACGGCACUUCGCUCGUAUCAGAUACCCCCCGCUACCACCAAUUCGAUUUCUUAUUGGACCAUCUGAGCGAGUCGUACGCUUAAGCCGCAUCAUCACGUGUCAUAUGUCAUAACAUACGCGGACGUAGUGUCAAUUACUAACACCUUCUACAUGUACACAGAUGACAAAUCGACAGUUCGCGAAAUCAAAUUUUAUUACAAUCUUAAUUUAUUCUACCCGAAUAUAGCCAACCAUAUACUGUAUUCCAACGUGCCAAAAGGCAUCUGAGUGCUACUAGUGCCAUCAAUGACACAGUAGCAGUAUGAAAAAAAUAAUUUAGGAACUUUGAAAAGGAUUAGGAUGUUUGGUUCUGCUACUGUGUCAUAGAUGGCGCUAUGACCUUCAAUCCCUAUUCAGGCGUAAACUAACUAACCUUAAGAUGCUCAAAUAACAUCGACAUUAGAGAGGCGUCAAAAGUAUUCACGCACUCCAAUUCUAGACGAUGUUUGUGAUGAACUACGGCUAACCAUACACUAACUUUUUUCAAACUAGAUUUCUAAAUUCAUUUUUGUUUUCCGCUAUUGUCUCAUAGCGGUUAUCUUUCAGAUCACCUUUUGGGCGGUGUAAUACGCAUAUGAUUGCCUAUAUUCAGGUAGAAUCGAUGCUAAACGUGGCGUUGCCUCAAAAGGCGGGCAGCACAACUGUAAAAUACGUGCUUUUUGUGACUUAUCUAUGCCUUGCAAGCACUGUGACGUUGCAUUGAAGUUUUGCGACACGAACUUUUCGAUUUUCCAUGUUUGUACCUCCCGUAUCUUCCCUAUAUAUACCGUGUAUACCGAUAGUUAUGGCGAAACGCAAGACUGAUGUUAUCUGUUCAGAAAUUCAGACGUCUGAUUAGUUUAUUUUUGAGAACGGGUUUCUGCAGUGCUGAAAUAGAAAAUUGACGUUUCCACAGCUUAUCUAGCGUACAACUGCUGUCAGAAUUAUGCAAGUAGCCGCCAUUCUGGACCGGAAUUUAAGGACAUGUUCGGUAAUUCCUCCUAGAAGGAUAUGGAACUAGAGUGUAGUUGCUGUCCCGUCCUCUAGUGAUCUCAGAACUUGGCAUUUAACUUGAGAAAUACCUUCAACUCAUUGUCAGCAAGACAGAUUGUCGAAAUUGACGAACAAACUUAAAUAGAACGUUGUGAUUGCGUGUCCCGUGUCUCGCGAAAAAAAGGAACUAUCUUAAUCUGGUUCGCAGGGAACUAUUUCAGUCAUCUUAGUCUCAUAAUUUCAACAGUGAUUCUUUGAUUAAUUUUCUGCGGGCAAUUUGAGUCGCAUUUAAUUCCAUAGAAUAAAUGAGUAUUUCUUGAAGUAUUUGCAUUAAACAGUGGCGGCUCGCCCCAUGACGCAGGUGAAGCGCUGCUUCACCUGCAAUUUCAAAAAAAAUAUAUUUUUUUUAUUUUGAAAUUUAUAAAAAAAAUUCAUUUAUAUCUUAAAAAAUUAUUUUUCGGACAUUCUUUAUUUGUAUUUGCGAUCAACAGAAUACUGAGAAACCCCGCAACCAACAACGCGCCUACGUUUGCGCUUAAUUUGGCGUGUUGAAACAGAGACCUGAAGCAGCUUUAUUUGCACCGCAUUGCUGCGUCCAGUACAGAUACGAGCAAAUACGACGGUUGCCAUGACAACGGCACGCGCGCUUCCGUUUUGGCCGAGGCAAGUAAAGCAAAUUAUGAAUUUGCGUCUAGUCUGCUCUGCAUUACUACCGAUAUCGUAUUGUGUCGAGGUUAGUUUUCAUUGUUUUGAACAAUGUUUCCUGUCUAUGAUACGGUUUGUGUUAUGUUGGAAAAAUCGUUUUCUCAAUGGAGUAAUGAUGAUAAAAAAGACUUUUUAAACUCCGAAAAACCUUCUCCGAUAUUAAAUGUAAAUAAAACCGCUAAAGUUAAGGACAAAGUGUACAGUCGAAAUUUUAAAAAAUCGUGGUAUAGUGAGUUUGAAUGGUUAUGUGGUAGCUAUUAUUUAAAUAAACUUUUUUGUGUGCCGUGUUUGAUUGUAAGUGUUAAAGCAACCGUGUGGAGCAAGUACGGUUUCAAUGAUUUCGGAAAUGUGACUCGUGCUCUUCGUAAACAUGAAGGAUCAUCGGAUCAUAUGCGUUGCGCACUAGGUUUUUCAAAAUUGAAGAAAAAUCUCACUACUAUUGAGGAUGCUUUACGCGAAAAUUCCAGGCUGUAUAUUAAACAGUUUAACGAAAACGUGCAACUUAAUAGACGUUUCAUGGAAUUGCCAAUACGCGCUGUCCUUUUUUUGGGC